UGGUUCGCUACUUCAAGCACUGCGUUGUGCGAGCUAUUCACACCCUGUAGCGGGAUUGUUGUCACACACCUGUGGAUGCAGUAACAAGCGAUUUGUGACAGAUGCGCUGGAAAUUUUUGUUUGCUUCAUCUCCCUGCCGCGGAUUUGAGUAACUCGCGAUAAGGAUGUUUUACGAAACUACGCACACUGUGAGACCUGGAUGGCAUAGAUCUUAUAAGCCCUCACAUUACGAAGACAUGUCGUGGUCUCCCUCAAGCAGUAACCUCCGUUCCCCUGGUUCAAGUCCUGAAACCUACAGAAGAGUUGUUCGAACAGAGGAGGAUUUUCCCGGCAGUAAACAAAAAUCUCUUGACGACGAGUUCUUCGCUGGGCGCAAAAGCCCAACUUUUCCCAGAAUUUUCAAGGAGGUGUGGAACGAGUCGCCUUCUACCAAUCAUCGUUUCGCUGAUCGUCCCAGAAUUUUCAAGAGGGUCUUCAAGCCUAACCAUUGGGAAGAGGAAUUCGACAAAGAAGACAUUCCUCGUCUGAGACGUUUCGAACGAGAAUUUGAUAGAUUUGACAACAACAGGUCAUCUUCCAGGAAGUUUGAUGAAGAUUUCGAUAGGCAUUUUAGUGCCAGAGACCUACAAAAAGACAUAAAGGAUGAAUUCGGAAAAUCGGAGGGAAAAGUACAUCACAUACCAAUAAUGGUUGAGCACAGAAUGGAGGAAAUGAAAGGACGAUUCGGUGAAAGGAAUUCCUCGCCACCAGAAAGAUCUCAUGAUGAAGUGUAUGGCGAUGAUUGGGCUGGCCCGCAAGUGCAGCGUCUUAAAAAAACCUUUGAACCAGAAGACAACUUUCAGAAAGAAUAUCAUAGAGUUCCUAGAUUCAAUUCCAAUAUGAAAUCUAGGGUUUUCUCAAGUCCAGUACCAGAGACUUGGGAUCCUCAUGCAAUUCAUACGCUCCCUACAAGAAAACUUCACAAAGCAUCGCAAAGCAUGGACGAUUCGAAGCACUCUGUACCAACCAAAUCUGUAUUCAGAUCUUAUUCUGAGACUCACGAGGAUAUCCCAAAACCACAGCAACAGCAUUCAGCGGCGUUUCGCUCCCAUUCAGAUGGCCACUGUCCUAACCAGACAUACGUUACAAAAAUUGAAGUGAAUGCACCCUCCAAUAGAGACGUCGUCGAGCAGAGCUCGAGUAACAGAAACGACGGUGAAUCGGGUACUUCGCAGAACAGGCAAAAACAGAACUUUACCAAGCAGCCAAGUUGCGAAGAAAGCCCAACUGAAACUUCAGAUCAAAAUAAUGUAAAAUUGAAGUCAAAAGCAAAGUACGAUAGUCCAUCCCUUCAACAAAUUGCUGUUGUUAUGCAAAACGUGGAUGACUUGAUAAUAAGAAUUGAAGGCUACACUGGCAACGGCAGGGACAAACAAUACCGAUUUUUGGAUGAAAUGCUGACAAGGUGUAUGAUUCGUUUAGAUAGUGUUGAUACUGAAGGCAGAGAGGACAUUCGGAAUGCUAGAAAAGCAGCCAUAAGAGAUGUGCAAGCAUGCAUUGAUAGGUUGGAAGCUAAAGCAGACGAAAGUGAAAGACAGAAAGUAGCAAAAUCAGCGCCAGAAGAUUGUGUCAAUGCAGCCGCCGGCGAUGGUUCAAAAAUAGCUAUCCCACUGGGUUCCCAUUUCGCUAUUCCGUUAGGAGAUGGCUCCGAAAAUGCAGCUAAUGCUAUGAAAGAAUCCAUCCCUUUAGAUGAUGUUCCUAAACAUGCAAUUCCAUUAGGGGAAGGCCCCAAAAUGGCAAUUCCAUUAGGAGAUAUUCCCAGACCAAUAAUACCUCUGGCAGACAAAUCUACUCCGAUUCCGCUGAGAGAUGCUCCUAGAUCUAUGGACAAAAGCAAUGAACGAGAUGACAAGUUUGAGAAAAAUUCCAGCCAAAACAGUGGGAAUAACAACGAUGAACAAACUAAGCUUUAGUUCUCUGCCUGAUUCCAGAAAUUCUGCUUGUUAAAAAAAAUCAUUUCAUUUUAUACCGAAUGCAUGUCUCAUAUGAUUUACUCGAAAUAUCAACAUUGGCAAGGCAAUUAAUUUUUCAAAGUUCUUAUCAUCACCAUAAAUACCUGGAUCUAUAUUUGAAAGGUUUUUAAAGAAAUUUACUGUGCCCACUAAAUUAAAAAGACUUCAGUAUUUUUAUUAAGUAACUUCAACGGUACUUCAAUUGUUUCAGCUCUAACAUCAUAUUAUCUUUUUAUAUCAUUUUAUAUAAGAAAUAAACUAUUUCUUAAUCAAAAUAAUUUUGUAUUUAAAAGAAAAAUGUCGUGAUUUAAAUUCCUGUUAAUAUAUUCAGAAUUGUGGGAACAGAAAUUUUUUGAUGUUCAUUGGCAAAAAGUGAUUUUGAAUACAGCUUCAAUUUGCCAUUCCUUCUUAACUAAAGACCCGAACUAUGUAUAUAUUCUGCUUGGUUUUUAUUUUGGAUUUUUUUUUUUUUUUUUUUUUUUUU